AUGCAUCUCAAGUGGCCCCGAUGGCAGCGACUGAACCGGAGGAUGCUGAAGCUGUUCGGUGCGCUGGUUAUCCUCGGACUGGCCCUGGCGUGCAUCACCUCCUGGGUGCUGGACAGCUAUGACACGGCUUGGCACCCGAAACGGAGCGUUCAGCACCCGACUGACGGCGAUGGAGAUGCCACCAAGGGGAGCUCUCCACCAUUUCCCGGCAGCGAGUUGAACAAUAUAUUCUGGUUUAUACAGGUGUCUGACAUCCACAUUAGCCGGUUUCAUGACCCGAGACGCAUUCCAGAUUUUGAGAAGUUCUGCACCGACACCAUCGAGGUGAUCAAGCCGGAUCUCGUGCUUGCGACAGGGGAUCUGACCGAUGCCAAAACGGAGAGCAAGGUGGGCUCCCUCCAGCACGAGGUGGAGUGGCAGGCCUACCACAACAUCCUGAAGAGGUCGCGCGUGAUGGAGCGCACCCGGUGGAUAGACAUCCGUGGAAAUCAUGAUGCCUUCAACAUUAUGUCUUUGGAAAGCACCAACAAUUAUUACCGGAAAUACUCAGCUAACCAGAAAGUGGGCUCUUUCCACUACGUUCACAAAACUCCCUUCGGCAACUACUCGUUUGUCUGUGCGGAUGCAACGCUGACUCCAGGACCCAAGAGGCCGUACAAUUUCUUCGGUAUUCUCAACCAGACUCAAAUGGACUUGCUGGACACGUUCAGAGCUGAGAGUCUGACGAACAACCAGUCGAUCUGGUUUGGCCAUUACACCACAUCCACCGUCGUCUCCCCCUCUCCAGGAAUUCGAGACAUGAUGAGAUCUGCUGUUGCAUAUCUGUGUGGUCACCUGCACACGCUGGGAGGCCUGAUGCCCGUCCUCCACAGCCGACAUCCACAAGGCACCCUGGAGCUGGAGCUGGGCGACUGGAUGGACAACCGCAGGUACAGGGUUCUGGCCUUCGACCACGACUUGCUGAGCUUCUCCGACCUGAGUUUCGAGCAGUGGCCUGCAGUGCUCAUCACCAACCCCAAGGACGCCCAGUACCAGCAUCCCGGAGUGGAGCCGCUGGGUCGGAUACGCAGAUCGACUCACAUCAGAAUCUUGGCCUUCUCCGAGGCUCAAAUCACAGCGGUGCACGUGAGCGUAGACGGGGAACCUCUGGGGAAAGGCCACGCGGCCGGAGGUCCUCUCUAUGUUCUGCUGUGGGAUCCGUCUCUCUACCUCACUGGACUGCACACCAUCAGAGUUAAAGUGGAGGACUCGGCGGGCCGGUCGUCAGUGCGGGAGCAGCACUUUACUCUGGAGGACGACCUGACUCCCAGCUUUGGUUUUGUGCAGUCCUUCAUCCUCCUCACAGACCACUACAUCCUGGGCCGAGUGGCCUUCAUAUUCAUGAUGCUGCUGAAUGUCGGUGUGCUGCUGGCCUUUAGGUUCCUGCGUGUUCCCACUGGGAGAGGUUUGUCCUCUCAGAUCUGUAUGUCGUUCCAGCUAGUCAGUACAAUGGACACCUUCUACUACUCUCUGCUGCUGUUCAACCUGUGCACAGCCUUAGGUCCGUGGUUCAUAGGAGAGCUGAUAGACGGCCACAGUGGCGCCUGCUUCGCCUUUGGGGUGUUCAUCGAUGGACACUUCCUGGAGGGCAGUCUCACUUACGUUGUCGGAGUCGUUCAACUCCUGUUCUUCAACAUGCCCCUCACCUCUUACCUUUGCUGGAGCCUCCACCACCGUUGCCGGGGCAACACCUUCCGAUCCCACUUCCUGCGGCCGGGCUGCCGCUGGCGGACUCUGGCUGUUCACCUCGUCAUGCUGCUGCUGCUCACUUGGCAGGCACACUCCUGCUACUUUCUCCUGGAGACCUACGGCCCCAUGGCCUUUUUCCUGUCUCCUGUCCGCACAUGGGCGCUGGGGCUCAGUCUGCUACUGGUCUACCGCGCCUGGACAGGCCCCGCCCCUCUCGUUCGCAACAGCAAGAGCGUCGCUCCCUCUUGACAGUAAUUGCACUGUACCACCACGAUUCCCCCCUCGAGCCUGACUCACAGAUAUAUUUUGCUGUCUCUUUCCACCCUGGAAACCUCAUUUCCCCCCCCCCCAAUACAGCAGCUCCCCACUCCUCCCUUCCUUCAUUUUCUUCCCCUCUCCUUCCAAAGCCACUUCACAGUACAUCACACACUAUCCUGUUUCUAGAUAGUAUUGUUUGAUUAAUAUGCAUGUUAUUGUAAAGCACCGGUGAGCACAUUUCUGGCCAUAUUCAUAGCAAUGUGUACAGCGUAAAAAAAAACAAACAAAAAGACCUUGGAUACACUGAGGGUGAAAAAGUCUGUUUAUGCUUUGUGAGGACUGGGCCGACGUGUGCCGCAGUCAACAGUAUACGAGCCGUACCCUGCUGUGGUUUAAAGCUGACUCAUUUACUUGAGCUUGAGCACUUUUUGGAAGUGUUGCCUUGGCCGAAUGCCACUUCACCACUGCCAAAGGAUGAAUAAGAAAGAUUUCACCUUUUAUUCUUCCCUCUGAGAAUCAUUUCCAUUCACUAACAAAGGCUGGACGUGCCAAACCGAUCCCUGUGUUUACCUUCUGACACACAAAUCAUGUGGAGACGAAUAGGCAUCAUUUUGUAUACUGUGAGCUUUUCCUAAAUCCCUGUGGCUGACAGAGCGUGGUACAUACAGUAACUCCGGUGAAGAUGACCCAGACGAUCAUGUUUUCGAGUUUACUCUACACAUAAUUACAGGAAAUCAAUGACAAAUCAAAUACUUUAGUUUAUCUCUGUACAAGCAGUUAAUGAGUUUUAAAGAAAUGAUUCCAUUGCACACAACUGCCACUGUAAAAUCUCGAUAUUCCCACUGAAUAGUCAUAUCAGAAUCAUGUAAAAAAAACAAAGUUGGCCUGGCUCGACGUGCUCCUUCAAAUGUGACUACAGGAAGCAGCUGUUUGUUUCUCAGGAAUGUGAGCACUUGAACAAUAGGCUGGUCCCAGUAGUACUUCAGGACAGUGUUUUUAUACUCCAUAGUAGCUCAGCGAAAACUCAAAAAAUCAUGUUUAAACGACGAGAUGUGUGGUGGCUGAAAAACAAAAAUGAAUGUGUUUAUAGAUGUGGUAAAAUGAAAUGAGCCAGUACUAUGCUGUUAUUUUUUUAACUAUUAUUUAUUCCUUUUGAUUGUAUUGAGUGAUUUAUUUCCCCUCUUCAUGUUACUGGAAAUGGGCAUUUUUCACCUCCCUCAUGGUCUGAUACAAGGUGAUUUCCCUUUGUUUUGAAUUUAUUCUGAUAGCUGUACUGAUCAGAAUGUGAUUUUUUUCUUUUCUUUUCUGGUGAAGGUGUUGAGGGCAGUUAACUUUGUCUGUUGCACUCUAAUUCAGUUCCUUCCACAAGAACUAACUGGUCUUUACAAAAAAACAAAAAAUAGAUAGGGCCACAUUUAUCAAGACUUUUAAUAGAAGCAGUGUUCCAACAACCAUACCCAGCGUGAGUGCAGAAUAAUUGCACCGUGCCAUGAUAGGACAUGCAGUUUAAUAUUGCAACAGCCACCAGACGAGGAGAAAAUUAAAUUAUGUGCACUCUCGCUGAGAAUGGUUUAAUAACUUUUUUUCCCUCUCCUUCUGCAUAGACAAGUCUGGAAGCAUCACUAAGUAUAUAGAUGGGUAUUUAAAACUGAAAGACUCUGUAUUGGACUUUCAAACGAUAAGUAAUCUGUCCACAAGGAGGCAGUAUUUAACUGAGCUGCAGGGUAAUCAGAGAUGACUGCAUUUUACUUCCACCUCCAAAUUAUGCAUGGGACAGUUUUGUUUUGUCUUAUUUUUUUAUUUUAUUUUUAUUUUUGCAGAAAAAGCACUGAAACCGUAUUAUGUUAAACUAUGAACCUGGUUGUGAUUGUUCUGUACUGUACACUGAUUUGACUGUACACAAGAAAACACAUGACAUCGACUCCACCGAAGAGCAUAAGCGAUGUACUGGUUGUUCACUGAACCUGUUCCCUCGUUCCCUCCCUCCUGUGUUCCAAAACACUGAAGUAUACGAAUGAAAAAGACGAUGAUUUUACACCUGCCACAUAUUUUUCUCGUGACAACUGAAAAAUUAGAGCCGACCACUAUUUUAUUUUGUUAAUGGUUUAUAGUGCUGUGGAAUAAAAAUGUUCAUUACAGUAAA